AAAAAUCGACAAAAAUAAAAUUACUUUGUGGAUUAAAUUUCUCCAAUAGAUUAAUAUUUCGUGAGAAGAAAAAAGAGAAAGAUUAAUGCAUUAGGUGAGUGUGUUUGUCAAAAACCGUUGGAAUGGGUAUCAGAUUCGUGUUAAUGGUGAACAAGCAAGGACAGACUCGCCUUGCACAGUAUUAUGAGUAUCUCACUCUGGAAGAAAGGCGAACCCUGGAAGGCGAAAUUGUUCGGAAAUGCCUCGCCCGUAGUGAUUACCAGUGUUCAUUUGUUGAGCAUCGCAACUAUAAAAUUGUGUAUAGACGCUAUGCAUCCUUGUUUUUCCUGGUUGGAGUCGAUAAUGCCGAGAACGAGCUUGCAAUUUUGGAGUUUAUACAUCUUUUGGUCGAAACAAUGGAUCGACACUUUGGCAAUGUGUGUGAACUAGAUAUCAUGUUUCAUUUAGAGAAGGUUCAUUUUAUGUUGGAGGAAAUGGUCAUGAAUGGUUGCAUUGUGGAGACAAACAAAGCAAGUAUCCUGACUCCAAUUCAACUUGUGGAUAAAAAUUCAUAAGAGAAACAAAAGAAGCACUCCUGGUAAUUUUUAUAUUAAUAUUGGUUCUUUUGCAAUUAUUUUAAGCGUACAAUAAAGUGAAUUACAAUAGUUAAUCUCCAAAUUUCUUUAUCUAUAAAAACAACAAUUUUUUUUUUUCAUGUUGGUUUUCUCCCUCCUUGAUUGUAAUGAAUUGACUGUUGAUCAUGUUCUCAAAGGGUCAAAAACACUUGAAUGGUACUUAAUGUAAUCAAUACUCUGAAUUCAGAAGUUGCUUACUUGCUAACCGAAAGUCGGAUGGAAU